CUCUGCACUGAUUCGGUUCUCUUCGUUGGCUGGAAGAGGGUUAAAACCAUCGAGCUGGAGUUGCCGCGCAAGUGGGAGUGGAGACAGGGGACAGGAUGCAGUAAGGGGUGCUUUCCUGUGCUUGAACCCACCACUGCCCCCCCCACACACCCCACACACGCACAGGGUGGCUGUUUCCCUCCCAGGGACCGAGGUUGGAACGUGCCUGCCAAAGGCGCGCAAAACCCUUUUGGAUUCCUGCGUUGGGAUUGCAUUGCAGGUUGUAGAGGCAAAGGAAGCCCUGCAGAUCCAGAGAUUGUUAUUGAGAGAAGGCUUAGAAAGAGAGAAGUGAUUUGAAGAUGGCUUAGAAGAAAACUAAAGAGUCCCAAAAUCAAAACGGCUAACUCGGGAUGGUUGGCCACAGAAUUAUCCUGUGGGAGAAGUGCUGAGAUAGGCCAGACCAAUAGCUUUGCACUGGCAGGAAGUGUCUUUAACCACUACUGGCCAAGCCAGGCCGAGGUGAGGUGUGUCGAGGCAGGCACUUCCUUUUCCUACCCAGGAGCCUUCCCAGGACCAGCAGCAGUCGCCAUGGGGGAGAGGUCCCACACGUGCCCCUACUGUGGGAAAGGCUUCCGCCGCAACUCACACUUAACACGACACCUUGCCACCCACUCUGGGCUUCAGCGCCCCUUGGGUGGGAAGCGUCUUGGCCAGCAGGUGCAGGAAGAAGAUCGCCCCUACAGCUGCAAUUACUGUGGGAAGACGUUUGCCCGCAGCGCUCACCUGACGCGGCACCAGGAGACCCAUUCGGGGGAGAGGCCCUACAAGUGCACCUAUUGCGGGAAGGCCUUUGGGCGCAACUCCCACCUGACCCGGCACCACAGCACGCAUACGGGAGAGCGCCCGUAUGAGUGCGGGGUCUGCGGUAAAGCUUUCACCCGCAGCGCCCACGUCACCCGCCACCAGGGCACACACACAGGGGAGCGGCCUUUCCGCUGCACACGCUGUGGCAAGCGCUUCACCCGCAGUGCACACCUCCAGCGCCACCAGGGGAUCCACAGUGGAGAUAAACCCUUCUCCUGCGGCGACUGCGGGAAGGGGUUCACACGCAAUGCCCACCUAGAGCGCCACCGCGCCACACAUUCAGGGGAAAAGCCAUUCAAAUGUGCCAGCUGUGGAAAAGGAUUUGGGGCAGCCUCCCACCUUGUAAGACACCAGAGAACCCAUAAAGUUUAGUUAGAUGGGAUUGUUCCUAUAUUCAUCCAAAUGGGGAUCAGAAAUGGCCAGUACAGAGUACUUGGAUGUACUUUUGUUAUUAUAUCAGGAUGCCACUUUUCCUGUCUUCAUUAUAUAAAAUACCCAGGUGAUUUGGGAGAGAACUGGGCGCGACAGAUUCAGUAGUAUUUAUACAUGGUCUGCAGGGAGGCCACAGCAAUGUGAACUUCACUCAGUUCAGAUACAGGCCCAGUGACAAUAAUUUUAGAUGGUAGAGCUGCAGAGUUCUCCCACUUUCAGACAGUGUUAAAUCUCACUGAUGCCACCUGUGCAUGGAUGUUUUCUCUCUCCAGUGUCACAAAUGAAGACCACCUUUUUUAAUUCCAACUUGGCUAUCAAGAAAUAUGCCACAUGUCAAAAAUAAGAAACUCAUCGGAAGCACAUUACACUCAAGGUGUUUGAAGCCCCUCACGCACCUCCAGCGUCACAAGGGAAGUGCGAUCAUGUAAAUGUUAUGCCAAACUGCGGAGACAAAGACGUCUUUCUGGCGGUUCACUUGCAAUGAAGUUAGAGUAACUUCUGCCCACCAACCUUCAGCUUUCAGUUUCAGCCACUGGCCAAGUGAAGCCUGUUUGCAUCCGACUUAAAUCUGCCACGUUACCCAGGAGAUUAGUGCAAGAACACAGGAGCACUGUGCCUGUCUCGAACAUUUCAGUAUCCUUUAGCAGAACCAAGACUUGGAACUCUCUUUCCCCCCCCCCCAUGCUAUGGCACUUGAAGUGUCUGCAGCUUGCUUUACAAUCUUUUUAUCUUUAAGCGGCAUCUGCAACAAAAUGUUACAGUGUGGAGUGCUUUUGUUCAGUAUGCAGCCAGUCAUGUCUCCUUUCAGGAUACUCUAUUCCCUCCCCAGUUUUCUGUACCAUUCCUCCACCUGACAGACACUCAGUGUUCUGUGGCCUCUGAGCAUGCUCUGUCCUCAUUGGGUUGUUUUGAGGUUUUUGUUUUUAACGCCCCCCCCCAAAGGAAGGGCUAUAGUUCAGUGUUAGAGCAUCUGCCUUGUAUGCAGAGGGUCCCAGGUUCAAUUCUUGGCAUCUCCUAGUAGGGCUAGGAAUAUCUCAUCUGAAACUCUGGAAAGUUGCUGCCAGCCAGUUGUCUUUUUACAAAAACAGUAGCCAAUAUAGUUACAGGCAUACCCUGCUUUAACAUACGCAAUGGGACCGGAGCGUGUAUGUAAAGUGAAAAUGUACUUAAAGUGAAGCAAUUAUCUAUGCAUGUACUGCACUGCAAUCGGCACUAGAUGGCAGUGGCGUCAUGCCAUUAAGUGUCCAUUAUUGCGAAGCGCGCGUACGUUAAGCGGGGUAUGGAGCAUGUACGUUAUAGCGAGGCAACGUUAAGCAGGGUAUGCCUGUAUACUGAUACAUUUCAUAGAAUAACUCUAGUAUUGUCUAGAGAUAGAUAAAAAAAAAACACCCGACACUUGAUGGUUUUUAAAUGUAGCUUCUUGUGCUUUUUUCAGUAGGGAGUGGAGGGAGGGGAAAGUUAUAAAUUAUAUACUUACCUGUUUCCACACAAAAUGGUUAGCUGGUUUUCCUCUGCAGAAUACAUUUAUGGGGACAUUUGGGGACUCUGGUAAGGAGAAUAUCCUGCUGCUGUGAAGCAAACGAAGAGAAGCAGAGGCAGCAGGCAGUUUUUUUACUUUGAGUCCCUUAAACUCGCUAUCAACCUGUGCCACUGGGAAAUGCUGUCUUGAUUUUCUCACUUCUAGGGACCUCACCCAAACAAUGUAUCUCAGCAGUUCUUUGUCUGGCUCAUCAGCCUGCAGAUGAGUGGCUGUUUGAGGGUAUUGGGCGCUCCAGCUCUUCAGAAGCACCGAUUGCACAAAGGCCCCACUGUGUUCUUAUAUCAGGGGCCAAAGAAACCAGAAUCUGCUCUACUGCUGACUGAAUUACACUUCAUUUGGCCCUGGCAAGCAGCUCUGGGAACACUUAGGGAUAUUGCAUGUGUCAUUUUAAUAUGGCCUCCUUGGACUUGGUUGCAGGGCGGGAAUGUAGCAACACCAAGACUGCAACUAUGGAUCAAAAGACCUCGUAAAAAGGUUUGAGUUUACUCACGCACAAAAGAAAGAUACUGAAACUCAAUAGAUGGGAGUAAUUGGAGCCAAGAAACAACAGCAACCUGCAAACUCCAUUUGUUCUGAUAAGAGUUGAAAUACUUUAUAACAUCUUUACUAGCUAUUUUAAAUCUUUGAAACCUGAAUGGAUCAUGUCAAAGACACGUCUUUGACAUGUCAAAGAAAGAUACAGGUAGCCACUCUUCCCAUCCCCCUUUCUGGUUUUUUUGUUUUUUUUGGACUCUUCGUGGUUAGAAAAAAGGGGGGAGGCCCAGCUCCUGUACAAUGAAAUAUUUUUGGCCAACUUGUUCUAUUCUAGCACAACAAAAAUCACGGAGUCGUUGGAAAGAAUACUGAGAACGAUGGGUCAAAAAAUGCAGCUGUUUCAUGCUCCUGUGAAAUCUCGUGUUUUCUUUCUCUACAUGUGCAUAAGCUCUUAGAUGCCAGCAAUGAGAGAGCGGCAAUAAGAGUUUUCUUCUGCUUCCUAUGAACUUAAAACCACAUUCGGCCUGAUGUUUCUCUCUCAUUGCUAGAACAGCGGAAAUACAGAGUAUGAACUCUUUAUUUGUGCAGUGUUCUGCAUAGUACAGACUUGUGAUUGUUGGCUUUUGUUUGUUUUAAGAUUCCCAGGACCAAGCAGUUGCUGGAACCAUACUUGGGAUAUUCUCCUUCAUCCUAAAUGGCCGUUGAAACCUUUUAAUUGCCUUAGGGGCUCAUUCUCCCAAAGUCAGACUCUUGCUUUUCUGAAUGGGGAUAUCCCUAGUAAAGUUGAUGCCGUACAACACACUUGGAAGUUUGACCGUUCUUCCUCCCUCUUGGGUGGUUAGCCUUGCAACUGGCUUGUAUUCCUUCCGCUAGGGCUGAGACUGGAGAGUUUGAUUUGAGUCUUAAUGCUUCAAGGGAGGGGCACAAGCUCAAGUUAUUUUGCCUUGGGGCAAGAGAAGAGUUUGGGGUCUGCUUCCUCAGAUAUCACAGCCGGAAGGCACCUUUUCCUGUUUGGAAGUGGAAACACACACCCCGCCCUUGUUUCUGCUCCUACAUAGGCUCUGUAAUACUUUAUCUCCUGCCGACCUUAAAGAAGCUUUCCAGGAAAGGUGAGGAAGACUGUUUUCUAGGGAUAUGCCACCUCUGUCCAUAGUCUACAAAUCCGGGUCUUUUACUCUCCAUGAUUCUAGGCCAGUGUGCAGUGGUGGCUGGUACGUGUUGGGAAUGGUAGGGCGGAAGGCAGGGAGAUCAAUAGAAGGUGGAGCCAGUAGCAGGCAGCCAACUAUAGUUUUUACUUUUGUCCCCGUGCUCUUCCCUGCUGUGUAAUACAAGGGCAACACUGAAAGUAAGGAGGAGGAAGCUAACAAGCAAUCCCACCCCACCUCUAGGCUGGCUGUAAGGAGAAAGGCAGAUAGGUUGGGGGGGCUGGCUGAGGGCAGACUGACAUGGGGGGGCAGUGCCCUAGUCAGCCUAAUGGAGCAGUCUCGACUUCCAGUAUGAUAGUCCCUUCACCCAACACACUUUUGAAAAAUAACAUGGGUUGACUCCAAACUUCUCUAGGGCUGCAACCCUAAUACAUCCUUCUGUUGCAAAAAGUCCCACUGAACACAGUGAGUAGACAGCUUACAGGAUUGUGCAGUUGGUCACGCUGUGGUUCCACUGAAAAUCAAUAGGACAAGUUAAGACAUUGGUUCCAGUGGGACUAAAAGCAUGACUUACCUGAACCUGGAUCCAGCCCAUUGGCUCUUUCUGCUAAAUCCCUAUCAGAGAGGUGCCCCUCCCCCUGAAACUACGUUUGCUUUGCACCUACCCUCUCAAACAGCAAGAGUUUACUUUAGUGCAGUCAUACCAAAGUGAACAGGAGUCAUUUAGUUGCCAAUCCAUCAACAGUUCAGAGAAAAUGGGGAAAAUGUAGCACUGUUUGUGAGCAUAAGUACAAAUGCACAGGAAAUUCCAACGGCAGAAUUCAGCCACCAUUCUUUGGAGAGUAGAAGACCUUCAGGGCACAAAGGGCCCUCUAGAGGAACUGUCUGUUCAGGGCCUGAUUCUGAUCCUGCCAUCCUAGGUAGAGGACUCAUUAGGAGUCUGAGGUAAUAGGAAACUGAUGUGCAUUCCUUAUUACAGAUCUCAGCUGCCUGAUUUUGGAAGGAGCAAGAAGGGAGAGAGGUGCUGAGUUUGCUAGUUUUAUGCUAAAGAAAAGAUAUUCUUGAUCUUGCAGUUGAUUGGUCAUUUUUGUUAGAUAUUUUGCAUGCACGUACAGUAUGCUGUGUACAGUAGUAUGACUGCUAAAUUAAUACUGGGGAAAUUGUAAAGGGUCUCAUUUCCAAUGUUAGUGGUGCACUCCAGAUACAAGAAUGGCAAAGGUCUACUGAUUUUAGUAGGGCUUCAGAGCCUAACACUCACUGCGCUACACCCAUAAUGUUGUGUUAUGUCUGGCCUGUGACUUUGCAAAUGAGGGAGCUGUAGGAUAUCAACGGCAAACUAAAAAUGGGAGAUUCUUUUUGUUAAAUCUUCAGCAGCUGUAUAUAGGUAAUUUUUUUUCAGGUUGUGCGGUGGUAUUGUAGAACUAUCAUUGCUGCUGGUACACAUUCAUUUUUUCCUGUAUAGUUGUGGAUUCUGGUGAAAUCAGUUGUGCAGAUUUCUGUAGUAGCGCUUUAAGCAGUGCCUGGAGAAAAGCAAAAAUUGGCUCCCAGCAGCCAGACCAGCACUGCUGUAAUACAUGUGAUGUUACUGAUGACCAUUCCCUCCCCCAUACCCAAACCUGGGGCAAUUUUUAAAGUCUUUGUUAAUUUUUGUUUAGUAUGUGAGCAUAUCUUCUACCAUCAAGUCCAGUGGUGGGGAACUUCCAGCUCACAGCCGAAUUAGGUCCAGCAGGGAUCCUAAUUUGGCCCGAGGCCACACCCACCCACCUUGUACCUGACAUAUGUGAUGCCAGAUGCAGGGCAAGUAAAGAUGCAACUGAAAAGGAAUGAUAGGGAGCCUUAAAACUCACUCCCAAUUGUUCCUUGUAUUUGGCGCUUUUUAAAUUGGGUACCAAAUUUAAAAAUUGGAGGUGAUUGGUUUCACUUGGGGGCUCCCAAUCAGAGUCCAUCCCUGCUGAAAGCAGGGCUACAUUCCAGAGUUCCUGAACCCUGUGGAAACCUGGGUUUCAAAACCGCACCAAUCAGCUGUCUGAUGGUGACUUCAAGCCCUGCUUGGAUUGACUGGGAUCUCCAGCAUGGCUUGAACUCAAGCUGCACCACAAAGGAAAAAUGAUGUCAGAUGACUCUCAAGUGGGUGCCCCCCCCACCUCUCAGAGUGGCCCACUGUGGAUGGGGGACCUCUGGAUCUGGCCCAGCAGUCAGAUCUUAUUCCCUAUACCCGAUCUAGUCAUUUUUAAAAAAUGUGCCCCUUUUUAAAAAAUGUGCUAUGGUGAAUGAAGGCUUUCUUGAAAUAGUCCUGCACUACUAGAGCGAUAAUCAAGAGGUACCAAAAGAAAAAAAAGAGGGAAAAAAAGGCAGGGCUAUCUCUUCUCACAGCUAGGGAGAUGUAAACCGAGUUGGAUUUAAGGCCUGCUCCAAGCGUGCAACGGAAUGAGGCAGUGGAAGGGGAUGCAUCACUUCAGACUGUAGGAGGUGGAUUCCAGUUGUGAAUGUUCCAUGUUAAAAAAAAAAACCCUCCCUGCACCGAAAACUAGAAUAGGAGAGGGGAGGGGGAGAUUGCAUUCCAGCUCUUUGUCCGUUCAGCUGGUUUUCUAGUUGCAAGGCGUUUUUGAUGUAAAGGAGCAUUCAAAAAUAUGAUUCCCCACCUGCCAUCUGAAAUGGUAUAAUCCCAGAUGACCUUGUUUAUUGAACGUUGUUCCUGCUCAUGUUUGUAGGAAGGCUAAAUGACUUUGGCUAUAGAGAAUUCAUUCUGAUUUGUAUGUGGAGAGAUAUGACAUCACAUCAAGCAGUUUAUUACAGCACUUUCCAGUACAUUUUCCCCAUCACUUUCCUUACUGCAAAACAAUCUUUUUUUUUAUUGCACAGGAGCACCAUAUCCACUCUUAAUUGCUCAAGCUGAACUUUCAAGUAUGUGAUUGACUCCCACCCACCAAAUAGCAACAGCCCAGAAGCGCCCCAGGACUCAUUCAGCCUUUGUCAAACUGGUGCCCUCCAGAUGUUUUCAGCUAAAUCAUGUAGUGUGUCAAGAACUGUUUCUAGAUGCCAGGAACUAGUGCCAUCUAAAAGUGUACCUUUGAACUCCUUAGCUUAUCCCAGCCUCUGCCAGCCUCGUGCACUCCAGAUGUUUUGAAUUACUGCACUGUGCUAGCUAGGGCUGAUGAGAGUUGUAGUCCAGAACAUCUAAAGGGCACCAGGUUGAUGAAGGCUGCUUCAGGUGUUGGGCUUGGGUUAAUGUUCAGUUACCUUUUGUUCACAUUUUUAAAUUCUCUUUUAUUAUCCGCUGCUUUCUGAGAGCAGUUGGGUUUCUUGAACUCAUCUUGCUGAGUGAGUAGCUACACCAGGAAAAAAAAGGGGGGGGGUUGCAGAAGAGGCAGCGGGAAUGUUGCUCUGCAUGUUAACAUUUCUGAAAGAGGAACGAUGGUAUAUUCCACAUUAAUGCUCCCAUCCUAAAUAUAUUUUCCCUGAAGUAAAUCUCCCACAUCGCUUCACGUGAUUGCAAUUCUAUUAGUUUCUAUAGAGGUAAGUAUGCUUAUGACAGCAGCCUUGUUUUAAUUUCUAGUUUAUGAUUUAGUUAUAAUUUUUAGGUGUUACUUGGCAGAAGUGUGUGUGUGUUCCCGAGUAGUGAAUAAUAAUAGAAAGCCUGUUUCAUUUCACAUGAGGCUCCAGCAAUAGGGAGCAAAUUGCCUCCCCCCACCCCCAGUCCCACUCUGGUGUCACCUAUGGGGCCAGGAUAUUUUACUCUGCCUCAGCUUGAUGUUUGUGAGCAUCUUUGACUUUUUGAGGGCUGGGUGGGUAGGAGGUUAGUUUUACUUUGCAUCCGAAGUGUUUGGGGGCAGGGAUAGUUUGGAAUAUCUGGACUGUAUUUUCUAUUAUUUUUAUUACUGCCAAUGGGUAUGCCUUAACAAUCAUAAAUGCUGUCGCAGCAGUAUCAUAGCCAAACUUAACCCUGGGUUUCCUCUCCCUAUGAAAUGCCCACCACCACCUUCCUACUUUUCCUGGUAUUGCCCAUGGUAUCUUAAUCUAUUUUCCUAUCUUACUAACAGUGUCUGUAUGAAAUAAACACUUUUU